CAGAUUGACUUCCGUUUAUGUUUGGCUGCAGGUAGAAGGAAAUUACAUCUGUCAUCCUGGUCGUUAAUACGCCGCAAACCUUACAAACCGUGAGCAUAUUUCGACGGAGCAAGUAAAGAAUCUGUUUUCUCUUUCAGCGUGACAAUAGUCUGGGUCCGUUUUUCCACUUCAGAAGACCGACUGUUUACCUAGCUAGCUGGCUAACCUCAGCUAGCUGAAUAACCAAACAUGUUCCGAUACUUAAACGACGUCGAUGACAGUCCCUUCAUGAUGGAUCCAUUUGCAACCCACAGGCAGCAGAUGAGGAGUCUUUUUGGGUCAUUUGGCUUUGAGCCUUUUCCCCUUGCCCCCCACAUUCAGCCGCACCGUGCGCCUCACUUACAGGCUGGUGCAUUGGCCCCUUUUGGUAUGAUGGGAAUGGUGAGUGGUGGAGGAUUCAUGGACAUGUUUGGGAUGAUGGGAGGAAUGAUGGAAAACAUGGAAAGGAUGGGCAGUUCACCAAACUGUCAGACCUACUCUUCCUCGACAGUGAUCUCCUACUCCUCCUCAGACGCGGGGGCUCCCAAGGUCUACCAGCAGACCAGUGAAAUGAGAACAGCACCCGGAGGGAUCCGUGAGACGCGCCAGGCAAUGCGUGACAGCGAGAGCGGCCUCGAGCGACUGUCCAUCGGCCACCACAUCGGUGAACGUGGACACGUAAUGGAGCGUUCACGGAACCGUCGCACUGGGGACAGAGAGGAACGUCAGGAUUUCAUCAACCUGGAGGAGAGUGAGGCCGCAGCAUUUGAUGAGGAGUGGAGGAGGGAGGCAGGGAGGUACCCUCCCCCAAACGCACGGGGAUUGGACUACGGGCGAGACAGGCGGGGAGGAGGCCAACAGUUGGCUCUUACUGCUCCACCUAGCUCCACGACCCCACCAAGCCAUCGGCACGAGUCUCCCAGGAACCCCCCGCCCCAUGCCCGCCCUCGUUACGACUGGUGAGAGGGGUCAAGCUUAAGGAGGUGAGCAAAAGGAUGGAAUGGAGGGAAGCUUUCUCCAGAUGCUGUGAACCAAGAUGAAGAGGAAAGUUUGCGGUCAUCGCAAGUGACCGUUAUAAAUGUUUGAUAUGACUGGACUGUCAAUAUAUAAAUUAUACAUUAUACACACACGCACGCACGCACACACACACAGACACACACACAAACAUCAGAACCCAACACUUAGAGAUGCAUUCACAGUCAUACUUCUCUGCUGUUACUGUCAGCACACACACACACACACGCACACGCACACAUACACACUUACAUGUAUACAGCCACACUUUGUUACACACACCUACACACACACACAAACUUUGUAUAGACACAUUCUUCAGACUUGACAUGCGUUUUUGCCCACUGCACUAUAAAAGUAUAAAUACAGUGCUACACUACAGUACAUACAUCUGCUGUACAGUCCAUUUAUGUUUGUGAAGACACCAGUUCGUGUGUGGAUUUAAUUGUAUACUGUUGUCUUAUUAAAGUGAUUAGAAAUUCAUUAAACAUUGUUAGAU